CUGGGUAAUGAUAGCGCUCUAGAGGUUCUGCCUGGAGUCUCCCAGAGCAGCGCUGGGCUACCGGAGAUUUAGCGUCUACCGUACGGGACAGCGAUGAGUGUGUGAGGUGAGGUUAAAGAGCGAGGCAGCGAGAGGCGAACAAGCAUCAUGUUACCAUCUCACGUCACGUUCAGCGGCACCGGGGUUGCUGAUGAGGUCAUCACCAUGGGUGAAGUGUGUCCUCAGAAGAUGACCUCGUCGAAGAACUACAUUCGUCUCAUCCUCCUCAUCCUCGUUCCUGUUAUCAGUCUGCUAACCUGUCUACUGCUGGUUCUACUGGCCUUCUCAGGAAUCUUUGGCAAUGUUUUCUUUUCGGGAGGAGAGUCGAACCCCCUCUUCGGCACGGCGUUCCCUCUCUCCACGGACACUCCGUUCACCGCCAUCGGGACCUCUCCCGUUAACCCUAAUGUGACCGGACCUGCCGGCACCGUGACCACGACCUCAGAUCGACCCGACAGUAAACACAACCUCGACCCAACUGGAACUCGCUAUAUUCCACACACUGAUAUUACUACUGUCACACGCUCUUCCUCUUCUUCAUCCUCCUCAUCCUCUUCAUACUUCUCUUCUACAACUCCUCCCGCCAUGGUUCACACAGACCCUCGUGAUUGGGUGACCUCUAUGACGUCACUGGGCACCUCCUGGCCAAUCGGCACCACCCAAGAUCCUUUGAGUCCCGCCUCCGACCAGGACUGUGUCCUGAUCUCAGAAGCCCAGUGCACCAUGCUUCCCUAUAACCAGACGUCUCAGUCCCCGGGGCUCGCGGUGGUGAGGUCCUCGGAGGUUGACAUGUUCCUUAACUUCUUCUCCUAUUUACACCGUCUCGGCUGCUACAGACACAUCAUGCUGUUCGGCUGCACGCUUGCACUACCAGAAUGCAUCGCUCAGCGCCACGGACAACCCAGACGUGUAGUCCUACCCUGUCAAUCUUUCUGUGAGUCAGCCAGAGAGGGCUGUGAACCAGUCCUCCAGCUCUUCAACGCGUCAUGGCCUGACUUCCUGCGAUGUUCCCAGUUCACCAACAACACUUCCGGGUUGCCAGGGUUGUCGUCCAUGGCAGUGCAAGCCGAGUCAGGGGUCAGCCCAGGUACAGGGGUUAAGGCCACGCUCCUCAGCCUCAACUCCAUCCCUUCCAGCUGCUACUCUCCCAGACAGGUCAAAGGCAAACCAUCUGUCUGUGGAGGACACGACCACUUCCUGUGUGUGACUGGACUAUGUAUCCCCAGGAAACUGGUUUGUAACAGAUAUAAUGACUGUGAUGACUGGAGCGACGAGGCAGAGUGCGUGUGUGGUGAGGAGGAGUUUCGGUGUGCGACGGGCCGCUGUGUGUCUCCCUCUAUGGUCUGUGAUGGAUAUGAUGACUGUGGGGAUCUCAGCGACGAACACAGCUGUGUGUGCGACCCGGAUAGGGAGCACCGCUGUGAGGAUGGGAGAUGUGUUACCCGGGACUGGGUCUGUGACGGAGAUCAUGACUGUCUGGACAAGAGUGACGAACUAAACUGCUCCUGUAAGUCACAGGGUCUGUGGGAAUGUAGGAAUGGUCAGUGCGUUCCCAGUGCCUUCAGAUGUGACGGGGAGGAUGACUGCAAGGAUGGCAGUGAUGAGGAAAACUGCACUCAUCUACAGAUUCAGGGUGCGUGUGCUCCUGGCCAGCCCAGCUGUCCCUCUGCUCCCAGCACGUGUGAUGCCCGUAACAACUGCAGUCAUUGUGAGCCCAUUACUCUCGAGCUGUGUAUGAACUUGCCCUACAACAGUACCACCUACCCUAACUACCUUGGCCACGCCACCCAGAGCGAGAGCUCUGUCUCGUGGGAGUCUUCUCUGUUCCCAGCCCUGGUUCAGACCAACUGUUAUAAAUACCUCAUGUUCUUCGCCUGUACCAUGUUGGUCCCCAAGUGUGACUCACACACACACCAGAGGGUUCCACCUUGCAGGUCAUUGUGUCGGAGCUCUAAGGAGCGCUGUGAGUCUGUGCUGGGCAUUGUGGGUCUUCAGUGGCCGGAGGACACAGACUGUAGCCAGUUCCCUGAAGAAGGACCCAGCGUCACCUGUCUACUACCUGACCCCGACGUUGAUGAGUGUUCUCCGAGUCACUUCAAAUGUCGGUCCGGGAGAUGUGUCCUGUCCUCCAAGCGCUGUGAUGGACACAUGGACUGUGACGAUGACAGUGACGAAGACAACUGUGGUUGUGUAGAGCGGGGUCUGUGGGAGUGUCCAGGUACCAAGCUGUGUAUUAAACACUCCAUGAUCUGUGACGGUUUCCCAGACUGCCCUCUACUGAAAGACGAGAACAACUGCUCUGUGUGCGAGGACAACGAGCUAGCCUGUAACAACCACCAAUGUAUUCACCGGACUCUGUGGUGUGACGGGACAAAACACUGUUCAGACAGCUCUGACGAGUGGGACUGUGUGUCUCUGUCUGAGGAUUCGGUGGUGACCGUGUUCAGGACCGGAGUAGAUUACCAUGUCUGUGGGGAUGACUGGACGGCGGACCUCAGUCAGCUGACCUGCUCUCAGCUCGGCCUAGGAGGCCCUGCGUCAGUAUCUCUGGUUCCAGACCCUCCCAGUGUUCCAGGCAGGAGGAGAUGGCUACAUGUUCACCCUGAUUGGAGACAGAGGAACGGCUCAGCGCUGCAGGGCCUGCUGGAGAAGAGAGGUCAUGCCUGUUACUCCAGAAACAGAGUCUCUCUACACUGCUCCAGAGAAGACUGUGGCCUGCGCCCAGCAGUGCGUCUGUAUAAGCGAGUCCUUGGUGGCAGGGUUUCCCGACCAGGUCGAUGGCCCUGGCAGUGUUCGCUCCAGUCACAUCCCAGCGGACACAUCUGUGGAUGCGUCCUCAUUGGGAAGAAAUGGGCCCUUACUGUCGCUCACUGCUUUGAAGGACGUGAGAGUGCAGACCUAUGGAAGGUAGUCUUGGGCAUCAAUAACCUGGACCACCCUUCCCCUUACCUGCAGACCAGAGGCGUGGAGUCCAUCAUUGUCCAUCCUCGUUACAACCGGGCCGUGGUCGACUACGACAUCAGCGCGGUUGAGCUGGACAGGGAGGUGGAGGUCACCGGUUAUGUUCGCCCGGUGUGUCUACCCGGUAACGGACAGUUACCGCAACCGGAUACCUACUGUUAUAUUACAGGAUGGGGUCACAUGGGGAACAGGAUGCCCUUUAAGCUCCAGGAGGGAGAGGUAAGGAUCAUCAGUCUGUCUCAGUGUCAGAGUUACUUCGAUAUGAAGACCAUCACCAGCAGGAUGCUUUGUGCUGGAUACGAGGCUGGUACCGUAGACUCUUGCAUGGGAGACAGUGGAGGUCCUCUGGUGUGUGAAGAGCCUCGUGGUGGGAGCUGGACCCUGUAUGGACUGACCUCCUGGGGUAGUGUGUGUUUCUCCAAAGUCCUGGGUCCUGGGGUUUACUCUAAUGUUACACACUUCACACCCUGGAUACACCGACAGAUCUACCUCCACACCUUCCAUCUACACUGAUACAGACAGACCUCCACACCUUCCAUCUACACUGAUACAGACAGACCUCCACACCUUCCAUCUACACUGAUACAGACAGACCUCCACACCUUCCAUCUACACUGACAUACAGACAGACCUCCACACCUUCCAUCUACACUGAUACAGACAGACCUCCACACCUUCCAUCUACACUGAUACAGACAGACCUCCACACCUUCCAUCUACACUGAUACAGACAGACCUCCACACCUUCCAUCUACACUGAUACAGACAGACCUCCACACCUUCCAUCUACACUGAUACAGACAGACCUCCUCACCUUCCAUCUACACUGAUACAGACAGACAGACCUCCACACCUUCCAUCUACACUGAUACAGACAGACCUCCACCUUCCAUCUACACUGAUACAGACAGACCUCCACACCUUCCAUCUACACUGAUACAGACAGACCUCCACACCUUCCAUCUACACUGAUACAGACAGACAGACCUCCACACCUUCCAUCUACACUGAUACAGACAGACCUCCUCACCUUCCAUCUACACUGAUACAGACAGACCUCCACACCUUCCAUCUACACUGAUACAGACAGACAGACCUCCUCACCUUCCAUCUACACUGAUACAGACAGACCUCCACACCUUCCAUCUACACUGAUACAGACAGACCUCCACACCUUCCAUCUACACUGAUACAGACAGACCUCCACACCUUCCAUCUACACUGACAUACAGACAGACCUCCACACCUUCCAUCUACACUGAUACAGACAGACCUCCUCACCUUCCAUCUACACUGAUACAGACAGACCUCCACACCUUCCAUCUACACUGAUACAGACAGACCUCCACACCUUCCAUCUACACUGAUACAGACAGACCUCCACACCUUCCAUCUACACUGACAUACAGACAGACCUCCUCACCUUCCAUCUACACUGAUACAGACAGACCUCCACACCUUCCAUCUACACUGAUACAGACAGACCUCCACACCUUCCAUCUACACUGAUACAGACAGACCUCCACACCUUCCAUCUACACUGACAUACAGACAGACCUCCACACCUUCCAUCUACACUGACAUACAGACAGACCUUUGUAAUGCCAGUCACUGACAGUCACUCAAUUAGCCAUGUCAGGUAAAACAAAUGUAGAUUAGUAAGUUAGUCUAGCUGCUUGCUCUCUAAACCGGUAGUGAGCAGGCUGGGUUUGGAGACCCACAAGGCCGUGACGGAGGAAUGUAAAAACCAACGAGAAACGUUUUGGUGAUGUCCCUUCUUCCUCUUCCUGUCCCCCCCC